CCGCACCUGCGCAGCCAUCUUGAGCCUUUAGCAAGCAACGGACAAGGCAGAAGAAAAAUAGGAGUGAAAUAUAUCAGCCUAACCUGAGAUAACAGGGAUAUGUCCGCUAGAAUCAAGGAUAUAUGAAACAAUAAAGGUCGAAUACAGUGGAACGACCACGGGACAGUAACGGAGACGGUAAAACAGCCAUCUAAGUGCCUCGGAUACCCGGACCUAACGUUCCAAGUCAUCUCUUUUUUUUUUUUUUUUGCCGGAGUAGGAAGGAAGAGUCGAGUCGCCGACAGAAAAACACAUCCACAGUGAAACCAUGAAUCCCGAAUAUGACUAUCUGUUCAAGCUCCUGCUCAUUGGAGACUCUGGAGUAGGGAAGUCCUGUCUUCUGCUGCGCUUUGCUGACGACACCUACACAGAGAGCUACAUCAGCACCAUCGGAGUGGACUUUAAGAUCCGCACCAUUGAGCUGGAUGGCAAGACCAUCAAACUGCAGAUUUGGGACACCGCAGGCCAGGAGAGGUUUCGUACUAUCACCUCCAGUUACUACCGCGGAGCCCACGGCAUCAUAGUUGUAUAUGACGUGACAGAUCAGGAGUCCUAUAACAACGUCAAGCAGUGGCUUCAGGAAAUCGACCGCUACGCCAGUGAAAAUGUCAACAAGCUUCUGGUGGGCAACAAGUGUGACCUGACCACUAAGAAAGUAGUGGACUACACAACAGCCAAGGAGUUUGCCGACUCUUUGGCCAUCCCCUUCCUGGAGACGAGCGCCAAGAACGCCACCAACGUAGAGCAGGCUUUCAUGACCAUGGCCGCAGAGAUCAAGAAGCGCAUGGGUCCCGGGGCCACAGCCGGCGGCGCCAAGUCCAACUUAAAAAUCGACAGCACCCCCGUCCGGCAGUCUGAAGGGGGCUGCUGUUAAAAGACCCCGCCCCCCCCAAACGACCCACCACCCUGACCAUCACCUCCAACACUUCCACCGAAAUCUCCCUUUCUUUUCCUGCCGUGUUCCCUCCCAUCAUCUCCGCCACUUCCACACCCCACCGUUCCUCCAUUACUCCCCCCCCCGACUCCCCUUCUAUCAGCCUGCUUGGACAUCUGGGGAUGGUUGGCCGAACAGAGGAGUAAACUGUGAGAGUGUUAAGAUCAGGAAACAGAUUGAAACUUGGGGCCUGGACACCCAUCAAACAGGUGGGAGAGCAAAGCGAGCAGUCUGUGAGGGAGGGACAGAAACAGACACCCAGGCCACUUUUACUUUCUGCCAAGAGGACAGAUAGAAAACAGAUACGGGGAGGAAGAUUGGUAUUGAUUUAAAGUGGAAUGAAGGCAGUGAGAGAUUAGGUUUAGAUACCGUGAGCUUAUUUCUACACACACACAAACACAUACAUACACACACACACACACACACACACACACACACACACACACACACACACACACACACACACACACACACACACGCACACACGCACACUCACACUCAAACACAGUAGUAGGGUGGCAGAGGUUAAAGAGAUUUAAGCCAAACACUUUUCUCCUCAGUUUUUGUCUGUCUUUGCUGAUCUCCUUCUUAGAGCCACCCCUCCCCUCCAACUCGCCCCAGCCCAGACUUUUCAUCCCUGGAAUAAUUUACCUACGCAAACACACACAUACAUACAUACACACACACACACACACACACACACACACACACACACACACACAC